CCCUGCUGAGAGGCAGCUCCCUAGAAAGCCCCCACCCCUGGCCACUGCAGCCCAGGUCCCAGCAGCCCCCCAUGUCCACCCAGUUUCCACGACCAUCCUGAGGGGCUCCAUCGUGGGCCAGGGCACUGGGGCAGGCCAGCCGGCCCAGGCCUCACAGGGAUGGAUGCCAGGCCCCAGGCCAGCAGGCUGCCCCGUGAAAGCACCAUCUGACCCCAGAGCAGGUGGUGACCGGGGUCUCCGCUGAUUCUGCCCUCUGCCCAGCCCUGGGGCCAUGUGAACCUCAGUCCGGAAGUGCUGGCUGCCCACCUAGGAGUCCCGCCCCAGCCCCGCCCCAAAGACCAGCUCAAGGCCCGGGGCAGGCCAGCCGUCGGGAAGGCCGGAGCCAAGCCCCGGGAGGGUCUGUGCGGACGCGGGUGUCCGUGCCCGCCCCUGGGAGCAGGGGCUCCGCGCUCCGUUCGCCUGCGGCUGACGAUGGUGUCAUGGCUGCCCUGAGGUGGACCUGGCCCUCCCGGCCGCCGGGUGACCUGCGGGGGGCUCCCCACGUGGCCUGGUCCCACUACGUCGAGCAGCCGGGCCCCCAGGGGAGGGCCUGCAGCCUCCCGGUGUGGUCCGAAGGUGAGGAGACCAAGGAUGGGGACAGCUCGGUGUCAUCAGGCCGCCUCUCCGGCUCCUCCGGGGGCCACGAGUCCUGCACGUCUCUCCCGGGGCCCUGGAAGGAGAGGCCCCCACAGGUGCAGGGGCCCCGGCGGACGCCCAGAGAGACCAACCCACGGCUGGAGCUGCUCAGGGACAAGAUCCGGGCCCAGGCGUGGUGGCAGGCCAGCUGUGCCUCUCUGGGCACCUCGGCGCCCUCCAGCGCCUCGCGUCUCUGCAGUGCCUCCAAGCCAGAGCCCCGCAGGAGGGCCGGGAAGCUGGCGCACCCCGACCUGGCCCCCUGGGACGUACUUGGGCCUGGGGCCUCCGUCACAGGCUUGGGCGCCCUGAGCGAGGCUCCGUGUGGAAGGAAAGACAAGGCCAUCCUGGGCCGGGGGCGAGAGCCCUCCAGGGCCCCCCAGCGCCAGGCCGCAGCUCUUCGGGAGAAAAGCAAAAGAAGGAAAAGUAGUCCCUGCAAAAGGGAGAGAUCCCCGGGGCCACCCACCCCCACCGCCAGAAGAGCUGCCAAAGGCAAAAAUUCUGAGUUGGUUGGCGUUUAUGCCUGGAGGAAAGGACCAACCCUGGCGAGGGUCCUGCUCGGGCCCCCCCCGGCCUCCCCCAGGCUCCAGAGCGAGGCGCCCUGGAGAGACCAGGCCCCCGCCGCGGAAUUAGGAGACAGCAGGAAAAUUGGAGCUGCUCAGAGCCCCCCUGCCCGCCCCGGGUCGCCCAGUCCAGCCUCCGUCCUCGGUGGCCUGCAGGUGUCUGCCCACAUGCCCAGCCUGUCUUCCUGCGAGCAGCCUGUGAACAUCCAGAAUGCCAUGGCCGUCCUGAGAGACCUCCGCCGGCAGAUCCAGGCCGGGCUGGAGUUGGCCCGGAGCCACCGCCGCAGGGGAGGGCCAGAGCUGGGGCGGCCUCUGCUGGGGCUGCAGGACCUGGCAGGGAGGAGGCGGCCGCAGGGCCCCUGGAGCACCCCCCACAUUCCGGGCUCCUUCUCGGAGAGUCCCCAGGAGUGGAAGCGCUCCUCCUUAGAGAGGCCUGGCAGCUUCCCCAUGGGGCGUCGCUGGAGCACCUUGGCUGGGUGGGAGUCCUAUUCCCAGAUGCCCUGGGCGGCUCAAGGACAGAAGCCCUCCUUCCAGAAGCUGGGGAGCCCCCCUGAAAGGCUGACCUCCCUCCCUCAGCGGCCCUGGAGCGCCUCCGCCGGGCAGGCCUCCCGGCCCCGGAGGACCUGGGCCCCUCAUGAAGACUGGGAGAGCCCCGCCCGAAGACCGUGGAGCCCGUCGGCCCCGAGGUCCCGGAGCGCCUCCUUCACGCACAGCGCGGGCACCCCAAGCAAGGGCACAGGCUCCCUCCUGCCCCCCUCGGAGCUGAAGCAUGGCUGGCUGAGGCCGGCCCUCAGGGACCCCGGCAUCGCCCCUGGGAAGGAGAACGAGGUGAGGGUGCCGCCACCCUGCCCGAAGCCCCGGGGGGCCCGGGGUCACCCCCACAGCUCGGAGUCUCUGCGGGAGUUCAUGCGCCAGAAGACGCUGGCCCGGAGGCGACAGGCCCUGGAGGAGAAGGCCUCUGCCGUGCGGGCGCUUGAGCUGCGAAACCAGAGGCUGCAGGACGUGUACAGGAAGCAGAGGGAGGCCGUCCUCGGCAAGGCCGUCCCUGUGGUCUCCCACACGACCCCCGGCAUCGUGACCUUUUUCCCGCACUGCGCACAGUCCAAGGGCCUGGAAGCCCCCGGGAGCCUGGGGUCGCCUGUGCUGGAGUGGAGCAAGGUGACCUCCGGCAAGGUGCUGGGGGGCCAGGAGGCCCCGGGCAGCUUCUGCCUGUGUUUGAACAGAACCCUGAACCGCACUGAGACGCUGGAGACAGGCGGCCCCCGGGACGGCGCCCCCGUGCUGACGUCGGCCCGCUCCUCCCUGGGCCCCCUGAAGCUCCAGGACCUCGCCACCCAGCACCCGUGCCCAGGGGUGUGCAUCUACCUGGACCCCGAGGAGAGCGAGCACCUGGGCAUGUCGGGGCCCCCGCACUUCCGGUACAAGCAGGCCCGGCUGCAGGCUCUGGAGACCAUGGCCAACAUCCUCAAGCAACGGAUUGACAUCCUGACGGCCAAGCUGUACAAGUCGGAGGCGCUGGACACUCUUGGGGACCCGGUCCCUGGCCUGUCACCCUCACACCCCAGCAGCAUGGCUGCUGCCCCCAUGCCCACAACCCCCAUCUGCUCCGGAGCACUGGUGCCCAACAGGGGCAGAGGGCCACCCCGGGGCUGGGCGGACACGCAGGCCAGGCCGCUCCUCUCUCCCACCUGCUUCUUGGACAGCCAGACCCUGCCGUGGAGCCCCGACUGGGAACGGUGGCAGAGGGUGACCCCGGGGGCCCACCACGACAGCCAGCCUCGAGGUUUCAUGGAGGAUGGAUAUUUGGAGCUGGAUAACAGGCCGGCAAGAAACACGGAUUCCUUCCAGGCCCUGCGCCCCUUCCUCGGGAGCUCACCCGGGGUGACCGCCGUGCUGGACCCCACCUGCGGCUCCCUGCGGCUGGAGGAGGUGCCGUCGGCCAGAGGAGCCAGCUUGGUCACGCCCUGGACCCUGCGGAGCUGCGGUAAGGGCGAGCCCGCGCCCAGGCCCUGGGCUGGCUGGUCGGGUGCCUGGGGAGCUCCGCUGGGGACCCCCUCCACUGCCCGAGGCUCCGGCGAGGCCCUGCGAGUGUAGAGAGAUCCUCUUCUAUGUGGAGAGCGUCCACGCAUCAGUAUUAAAGUUUUUUGGAGGCUUUCGGGA